CAUGUUUAUUUCACACGAGAAACGAAUUUCGAGAGACAAAAUGUCGAAAUAAUGUUUUAAAAGAAGAAAAUUGAUGUACAAACUGGUUAAGAUUUUUCAAUGCAAGGCUAUUUUGAACAUCAUAGGCAAUUUCUGAGAAAGCUUAAUAUCUGUUAACAUCUUCUAUGAUCAACACUAUUGAAGACACAUAGUCUCACCAUUAGUGAAAAACGGUUGUAAAUCAUUGAAAAAUCACAUUCUUUCCUAUCAAAAAUAGAACGAUCAGAGAUGUUAAGCAUAUGAGCUUGUAGUCUAUGUAAACCUCUACAAAACUGUAUAUAAGAAAAAUAUUUUACAAACAAAUUUCAUCGAUACUAAGGAGCAUAAUAUAUAUCAUUCGAAGCGCUUCGACUUGCUCUACAACAUGUUACAAUAAAUUUCUCAAUUCUGAAUAGAUCACCUAAUUCGACAGGAUAUUUUGUUUAAAGAUUAUAGGAAAGUUUGUUUUUUUUUCUUAGCUUUAAAUUGGUCAAAUGAAUUUGAAUAUUGGUUAAAUGAUGUUGAACCACCUGUUGAUAAUUAUCAAUUAACAACAAUAAAACCAAAUUUACGUGUUACACAUUUAAAUUAUUGGUAUGAACAUGGUGGUGUUAUGAUUAUGGGUUAUGAUAUAUAUAGAAGAUUAGCUAAUGGUUUUGGUUUAAAAAAUAAAAAAACUAAAGCACAAGCAUAUAAAUGUCUUGUUGAUCCAGGACCUGAUAUCAUUGUUGCUGAUGAAGGACAUAUUUUAAAAAAUGCUCAAACAGCUCUUGCUAAAUGUUUAUCAAAAAUAAAAACAUAUCGUCGUAUUGUUUUAACUGGUACACCAUUACAAAAUAAUCUCAUUGAAUAUUAUUGUAUGGUAUCAUUUAUAAAACCAAAUUUACUUGGUAGUCAACAAGAAUAUAUAAAUCGUUUUGUUAAUCCAAUACAAAAUGGUCAACAUCGAGAUUCAAGUGAAGAAGAUGUUUGUUUAAUGAGACGACGUGCAUGUGUUUUACAUGAAUUAUUAACAGGUUUUAUUGAUCGAAAAGAUUAUUCAUUAUUAAAAGAUUAUUUACCACCAAAAUUUGAAUAUAUAAUUAAUAUACAAUUAAGUGAUUUACAAACAACAUUAUAUGAUUUAUAUUUAAAACAACAAGAAAAUCAUCAACAACAACAACAACAAAAUUUAUCUACAUUGAAAAAAGAUUUUAAAUCAGUAAAAUUAUUUGCUGAUUAUCAAUAUUUACAAAAAAUUUGGACACAUCCAUUUUUACUUUAUCCACAUUUUAUUGAUCAUUGGAAAAAACGUUUAAAUAAAGAUGAAGAUGAUUUUCUUGAUGAUAGUGAACUUGAAACUAUGUUUACUGAUGAAGAUGAAGAAAUGGAAGAAAAGAAAAAAACUAAAAAGAAAACUAAUAAAAAGAAAAAUGAAAAAGAAGAAAAGUCGAAUAAAAAGAAAAAUUUUAGUGGUUUCUUAAUUGAUAAUGUUGGUGAUGAAGAUGAAAGUGUUGAACCAUCAACAAAUAAUGAUGAACAUUCAAAAUCACAAAAACGUACUAUGUCUAAAUCAUCAAAUGGUUCUUCAGUAACAACUGUUGAAUCAGGUUCAUAUCAAGAUGAUGAUGAUGAUGAUGAUGAUGAUAAUAAUAAUGAUGAAAUAAAUGAAGGAUUAGAUUCAGAUUCAAAAUCGAAAUUAACUGAUAACAAUAAUGACGAUGAUAAUAUUCAUGAAAAAGUUGAAAUAGUUAAAAGUUAUCGAACUCGAAGUCGAACAGCAGCAAAAAAUAAAGAAAAACAAAAUUCAUUAAAAAUAUUUAAUGGAAAACAGAUGAAUUCUGAUGUUUUUGAUACUGGUAAUGAUAAGAUACCUUUAAAUGAAUCCGAUGAUGAUGAUGAUGAUAAUAAUCAAGAAAAUACUGAUCAACCAUGGUUAAAUGAUAUGCGUGAACAAUUUUGGUUUCCAUUCUUAGAUAUGUUACCAGAUGAAAGUGAAUUUGAUAUAAAUUUAAGUGGAAAAUUAGUUUUACUUAAAUCAAUUCUUGAUAAAUGUGCUGAUAUUGGUGAUAAAAUUCUUCUUUUUUCACGUAGUUUAUAUACAUUAAAUUAUAUUGAAAGAUUUUUAUAUUAUUUACAAAAACAAAAUGAAGAAGAAUAUAAAAAACAAUGUGAAUCAAGAAGACAAUUACGUCAAAUGCUUUCUUCAAAUGGUACUAAUAAUAAAGAUUUAUGUGAUUAUAUAUCACAACCUAUAGAAUGGAUACGUGAUCAAGAUUAUUUUCGUAUGGAUGGUCAAACAGAUGUAAUAGCAAGAAAACGUUAUGCUAAAGCAUUUAAUGAUGAAACAAAUAUACGUUCACGAUUAUUUCUUAUAUCAACAUUAGCUGGUGGAAUUGGAAUUAAUUUAGUUGGUAGUAAUAGAGUUAUUGUUUUUGAUGCAAGUUGGAAUCCAAGGUAAAUGAAAAUAAGUUUUUUGUCUAAUUUUUAUUAUAAUACAAAAUUAUGUAUAAAGUUGAAUCCAAACAUUAUACAAUAUUUACAAAAUAUUAAAGAGUCGAUCGGUUAGUCAGAUUAAAUAAUUUUGUGUGAGAACUAGAGUUCAUCGGAUGCAAAAUUUUCGGAUGGAUUUAUUGAGCGUUUUUAGAAUUCGAAUUGGCCUUUGAUACGCUCAAUGAAAUCAGGAUUGGAUAGUCGCCCUCAAGAUACGAAGUAUUUUGUUUAGAGGUUUUUUUUUGUAUUUGGUGACUAUCGUGUUCUACACAUUUUUAUAGUGACUAGAGUCUGUCGGGUGAAGAAUUUUUGAAUCUAACCGGGUUUAGGACUAAAUUGGACGGGCUCCAGUGAGAUCCGUAUAGUUUGUAUUUCAUAAAACGAAGAUUCUUAUAAAGCUAAUUUGAGGAUCAUUUCUUUUUCGAUGGAAGUAUAAAAAUAUUGUUGCUUGAGAAUUUUAUAGUUUUUAUUUGACUUGAUGAAUAGUUAAAACUCAGCACAUUUGAAGCAAUAUUUAGAAAGAUGUUAUAGACGUACUUUUGGAUUAUUAUUACAGAAGUAUUGCAUCGAAGGAAGUACCUAUGAAAUUUGAGUGUAUCAUGGCUUUUGAUCUAUUCAUUAAGAUCUUUCUACUUUGAUAAGUUAUUCAUCGAAUUCUCGAAAGACUGUAUAUGAAUGUCAUUUUGUGCAAUUUCUUCUUUUUCAAUUCAUCUAUUAGAAAUUAUUUACAUAGAUAUAUUUAAUUGAAUUAGAUAAGAUCGAAUUCAACAGUAUUAUAUAUUGAUUAAAGUAUUCACCGCUCAACAUUGAUUAAAAUCCGAAGAAAUCAAAAUAAUUUGUAGCAGAAAGUAGGCAUGUGACAAUUCUGUAUCAAUUCAUCUAACUCUUUUCAUAUAAGUUGAGACUUCUGAAAAG